CGUUCGCGCAGGAUUCGUGCAUGCGCAUUACCGGGCCGGGCUGGCAGGAAAGAUGGCGGCGGCGGCGGCGGGAGGAGUCCGGGGUUGAGAGAGCGGCCCGGGGAACGGGGAAAUGGCGAGAUUGUCAGACUAUUUCCUGCUGGUGGGGUAUGACCUUAACAAGAGAGGCAGCAGCAUAGGACAGGGCAGGAUUCUGCAACGUUUCCCUGAAAAAGAUUGGGAAGAUAACCCCUUUCCCCAAGGCAUUGAACUUUUUUGUCAGCCCAGUGGAUGGCAGUUGUGUACAGAGAAGAAUCCCCCGACAUUCUUCAUUGCUGUUUUGACUGACAUAAACUCAGAACGUCAUUACUGUAGUUGCUUCACAUUUUGGGAGGAGUGUGCACAGAAUCUUAUUGACCAGAGAGAUGGAGAAGCAGAGGAAGAUGCCCCCCUGCCAUCUGCAGCGCAGCUUUAUGCCCCAAAGACGCUGGUGCUUGUGUCACGUUUGGAUCAUCCAGAUGUCUUUAGGGAUUCCCUAGGCUUAAUAUACACCAUUCACACUGAUGGCCUCAGUAUAUCCCUGGAGAAUGUUGUAGGAAACCUACUUACUUGCACUGUUCCUGUCACUGGGGGCUCCCAGUCUGACCUGGAGCAGGAUGGUAUGAGAACCAUAUCUUUGGGAGCAGGUGAUCGCCAAGUGAUCCAAACCCCAAUAUGUGACUCUCUUCCAAUCAGCAACUGUAGUGUAGCCCUGUUAUUUCGACAGCUUGGUAUCACCAAUGUAUUGUGCCUGUUCUGUGCUGCUCUUACUGAGCAUAAGAUCUUAUUUCUCUCUCGAAGCUACCAGCGGUUGACUGAAGCCUGCAGAGGUCUCUUGGCUAUAAUGUUUCCUCUCAGAUACAGUUUCACAUAUGUGCCCAUUCUCCCUGCUCAGCUUCUUGAAGUUCUCAGCACUCCAACACCAUUUAUCAUUGGUGUACAUGCCCUGUUUCGAGCAGAGACCCAAGAUCUGCUUGAUGUAAUAAUUGCAGAUUUAGAUGGUGGCACUGUAACUAUCCCAGAAUGUGUCCAGAUUCCACUUCUGCCAGAGCCGUUGCUACAUCACACGCAGGAGUCCUUGUCACAGGUACUAGACCCUGCUUUACAAAUCGCUGACUUGGCAUUUCCUCCAUCUUCUAUUACAACUUCAACUCUUCGACUGCAGGAUAUGGAAGUACGUGCCGUGUUCCUUCGCCUUUUUGCUCAGAUAUUACAAGGAUAUCGUUGUUGUCUUCAACUCAUAAGGGUUCAUCCAGAGCCUGUUAUACGGUUUCAUAAGGCUUCUUUUUUGGGUCAGCGUGGAUUAGUGGAAGAUGAUUUUUUAACCAAGGUUUUGGAGGGCAUGGCAUUUGCUGGAUUUGUGACAGAGAGAGGUCCACCCUACAGAUCUCUGGAUUUAUUUGAUGAGCUGGUUGCUUAUGAUGUGCAAAAAUUACAAUACGAGGAGGGAAGUCAGAAAAAUUUAAUGAAGCAUGUGCAAGAACUAGCUGAGAAGCUGUACAGGAAUGAGAACCCUUAUCCUGCUGUUAGUAUGCAUAAAGUUCAACGGCCAACAGAAGGCAGUUACUUGCGACCUCAAAAUAAGGCCUUCCCUUUGCUGGAUGAAAGUAGCAUCCAAUGGAUUUUGGAUCAGGCUGCUGCAAAGAUGCAGAAUGCACCUCCUGCUGUUAGGUCGGAGAAGAAGUGUUUGGUGCCACCUGGACCACCCAUUGCAGCAAUUGUAGACCGAAAUGGCAGUGCUCUGGUUAACAGCAACAGGCGGCUAGAAGUUGUGAGAAACUGUAUUUCUUAUAUCUUUGAGAAUAAAAUGUUGGAGGCAAAAAAGCUUCACCCUGCUGUACUGCGGGCACUGAAAGGGAGAGCAGCGCGUCAGUGUUUAACACAGGAGCUCAACCUGCAUGUGCUGCAGAAUCGUGCUGUGUUGGACCACCAACAAUUUGAUUUUGUUGUUCGCCUAAUGAACUGCUGCCUACAGGACUGUACAUCCCUGGAUGAACAUUCUAUAGCUGCUGCUCUUUUACCUUUGGUUACAGCAUUCUGCAGGAAAUUAAGUCCUGGCAUUACACAAUUUGCUUACAGCUGUGUACAAGAGCAUCUAGUUUGGACCAACAUGCAGUUUUGGGAAGCCAUGUUUUAUGGCGAUGUUCAAAACCACAUCAGGGCUUUGUAUGCAAAUUCUGAUGAGGCUUCAUCUGACUCGGAUGAAGCCGAAGUAGAAGAGAGAUCAGCCCUGGAGUUGGCAGCUGAGCAGUGUCGUCUUUGGCCAACGCUUCCACGUGAAAAACAGUUAGAACUUAUCCAGAAAGAGGAGAGUACUGUGUUUAGCCAGGCUAUCCACUAUGCCAAUCGUAUGAGCUACCUUCUUCUGCCAUUGGACACCUCAAAAAACCGCCUUCUUCGAGGGGGAGCAGGAUUAGGAGACACAGAAAGUGUUACUAACAGCUUUAUCACCAACAGCAUGGCAGGCAGUGUUGCAGAAAGUGCAGAUACAGAAAGUGGCUUUGAAGAUUCUGAAGGCUCAGAUGUAGCUCAUUGUGUUGUCCGAUUUAUCACCCGUUUUGUGGACAAAGUGUGUACAGAGAGCGGGGUUACAUCUGAUCAUCUCAAAGGCCUGCAUACAAUGAUUCCAGACAUUGUGCAGAUGCAUAUAGAGACAUUGGAUGCUGUUCACAGAGAAAGUAAGAGGCUGCCCCCAAUCCAGAAGCCAAAGUUGCUGCGACCAACAUUGUUAGUAGGUGAAGAGCUAGUAAUGGAAGGACUUCGAGUAUAUCUUCUACCAGAUGGACGAGAGGAAGCUUCAGGUGGUAAUCUUGGAGGUCCACCCCUACUUCCUGCUGAAGGAGCACUGUUCCUCACCACUUAUCGUUGUAUCUUCAAGGGUACUCCAGUGGAUCCCUUAGUGGCAGAACAAAGUGUAGUGCGGUCCUUCCCUAUCGCAUCUCUAACAAAAGAGAAGAAAAUCAGUGUCCCAGCUCAUCUGGACCAGUAUGUUCAGGAAGGACUUCAGCUGCGGUCUUGUACCUUCCAGCUGUUGCGAGUAGCAUUUGAUGAAGAAGUCCCUUCGGAGAUCUCUGAAGGCUUCCGCAAGCAGCUACACAAGCUGAGAUACCCUCAAGAUGUGCUGGGGACUUUUCCAUUUAGUGUUGGACUCUCCUUACAACAUACUGUUCAACCAAGAACCAAGGACAAGAAUCCCUCAAUAAAGACUAUCUCGAAGAAUCUUGUGAAGAAUGCUAAGAAAACAAUAGGCCGGCAGUAUGUGACACGCAGGAAAUAUAGUCCUCCAUCCUGGGAUCUCCGAGGGAGUCAGAAUUCUCUGGAACAGCAGGGAGAUGACAUUUCAGUGUCUGAAGAUAUGGACCGAAGCACAUUGACCAUCUCUACUCUAAAAGCCCCGGACAAGCAGGCAGGAGGCAAUAUGGCAGAAAGAGCAUGUUGCCGUGACUACCAAAGAAUGGGGCUUGGUACUCUGAGUAAUAGCCUGACCCGUGCCAAAAAUGAACCUUUCCGGAUCUCGACGGUAAACCGCAUGUAUGCUGUUUGUAACAGCUAUCCAGGACUGCUGAUUGUACCUCAGCCAAUUCAGGACAACACCUUACAGAAGAUCUCUCGCUGCUAUAGACAGAAUAGGUUUCCUGUGGUGUGUUGGCGCAGCCCGCGUACCAAAGCAGUUUUAUUGCGGUCAGGUGGACUUCAUGGCAAAGGUGUGGCUGGACUCUUUAAAUCUCCUAACACAGCGGGCGCAGGGCCAUCACAGACAGAUUCUACUUCACUGGAGCAGGAAAAAUACCUUCAAGCAGUGGUAAACUCAAUGCCCCGAUAUGCAGAAAUGAGUGGAAGAAACACGCUCAGUGCUUUCCCUUCUGCACAUCUUUACGAUUCUCCAGACAAACGUCAACCCAAGUUGGGUUCAUUGAUGAAGCAGGUGAUGGGAGGGAAGGAGGACAUUCGAGGAGGUCAUUCAGCUCGGGGUGUUAAGCACCCCGCAGUGAGACGAGGCUAUGCUGAACAAGGGAAAUGGGGAAGCAUGCGCGGCAGUGGGAGACUUAGUGCUUACGGCAUGAACGCAGAUGUAGGAACUAGAUUGGCAGCAAGAGAACUUCUGACGCCUCAUCAAAAUGGAGGACCCUCGGAAAGUGCAUUGACUCCCCGCCGAGCUGCUCUUUACAUCAUUGGUGACAAGUCACAGCUUAAAGGGGUGAAACAGGACCCACUGCAGCAGUGGGAGCUGGUCCCAAUUGAGCUAUUUGAUGUCAGACAAGUUAAAGCAAGUUUCAAAAAACUGAUGAAGGCCUGCGUGCCAAGUGCCCCCUCGACAGAUCCCAGCCUAUCAUACCUGCGCACACUAGAAGACUCUGAGUGGCUUUUACAGCUUCACAAGCUACUCCAAGUCUCUGCACUGGUUGUAGAACUGUUGGACAGUGGUUCAUCUGUCCUGGUUGGGCUUGAGGAAGGAUGGGACCUUACCACCCAGGUGGUGUCUCUGGUUCAGCUCUUGUCUGACCCUUAUUAUCGCACCAUUGAGGGAUUUCGUCUGCUCAUAGAAAAAGAAUGGCUUUCAUUUGGCCACAGAUUUAGCCAUCGUGGUGCACACACAGCUGCCAGCCAGAGUAAUGGUUUUACUCCGGUUUUCCUACAAUUUCUGGAUUGUGUACAUCAGAUCCAUCUGCAGUUCCCGUCUGAGUUUGAGUUCAGCCAGUAUUACCUCAAGUUUGUGGCUUAUCACUAUGUGUCCAAUCGGUUCCGCACCUUCUUACUAGACUGUGACUGUGAGAGGAUUGAGAAAGGAGUUCUGUAUGAGGAAAAAGGAGAUAGACGUGGCCCUCAGAUCUGCCGCUCUGUAUGGGAGUAUAUGGAGCGAAUACACAAGAAGAAUCCAAUGUUCUUUAACUAUAUGUUCUGCCCUGAGGAUGGAGAGGUGUUGCGGCCAUACAGUUCUGUGUGGGGUUUACGUGUGUGGGAUUAUUAUACCCAUGAAGCUCUAAGUGAAGGUCCUUCCUAUGACUGGGAGCUUGUUCAGGGACUCCAGCAUGAAGAAACUGAGAAAAAUGACAGCUCUGCUCCCCAGACAAAGCGCAAGAUUGUUUGGCCUUCCUAUCAUGCACCACAUCGUCUUCAGCCAGAUGCCAUAACUUGCUUGUUGGAGGAGUUACAAAAUCUAGAGUUGGAUUUGCGGCCCGUUCCUGAAAGGUGGAAGGAAGCAUGGGAUAAAGUGAAAGCUUCCCAUAGGACCGAGGUCCGCCAUGAGAGCCGGAAAUCCAGUGCGUUGCUGAUGUCAUCCAGUGUCACCUCACAGCGACAGUCUUUGGGCAUUUAUCUGCAGGAGAGUGGUGUAGGAUCUACACUAAAUUUGAGCUUGGAGAGUGGUCCAAGCACAACAAGCACUCCUACUGGUGCAGGGAAACUGGGAGCAAGAAACAGCACUAGUACUUUGUACAGUCAGUUCAACACAGCAGAAAGAGAAAACCGCUCAUACGAGGGAAUUUUGUGUAAGAGAGGUGCAUUUAUGAAACCCUGGAGACCUCGCUGGUUUGUGCUGGACAAGACUAAGCACCAGCUGAGAUAUUAUGAGAGCCGUACAGACAUUGAAUGUAAAGGAGUGAUUGACUUGGCAGAGGUAGAGUCCAUUUCUGCUGGUACACCAACAAUGGGUGCUCCCAAGAAUGUGGAUGAAAGAGCAUUUUUUGAUGUGAAGACAACUCGGCGGGUAUAUAAUUUCUGUGCCCAAGACCCUUCACAGGCUCAGCAGUGGAUUGACCGAAUCCAGAGCUGCCUGUCUGAUGCAUGAAACUUCAGGGAUAGCAUCAAAAAACUGCAGGACACCACUGAUAAAAUAGUUCCAUGGGGGCACAUGGCAGCCUACAGCUAAAUCGUGUAAGCCCACAAGCUGAUUCUUUCCAGAUUUUCUGGAAGCUAAAGCACCUUAGCUUUUUGUUCUUAUUUGUUCAGUAAUGCUCAGUAGUAUCAAUAAUGCAGUUAUGGUCUGUGAACUCUGCUUCAUUUUGUCCACUGGGAAUCAAUGAAGAAAAGAACAGCUGUGGACUUUGAGAAGCUGCAAACCAUAAGCAGAAACCCUGUUGGAAGUAUACAAGAUUAUGACUGGCAUAUGUGAGAAAAGCUAUGGACACGGCAUUGCGAGUUGCGGUUAGGUUUUUGUGCGGAAAUAAUGUGUGUGGCUCCACAUGCUUCAUGAAGCUCCGGUAAACUCAUCUCCUGAUAUUCCAGGAAGGAUUUGCCUCUGUUUAGUAUUUUUUAAUGCUUACUUGUGAGUUGUCAUUUGGCUGAGUUGUCAUUUUUAAAUUAUUUUAUAAACAUGAGGAGUUUGCCGGUGGAAUCCGUCAGUCCUAGUAACGUGAAGGAGAGUUGCCAGACCCAACAGUAAUAAGAACUAAAGCAACAUAAAUUCAUGGUGAAAACGUUACGAUUAAUCACAUCUGUAGUUCACAUUAAAUACUUAAGUUCUGUUUUUAUAUGAAACCUAUUUUAGUGGCAAGUGGGCUACACUCCAGGAGUGGACUUUUGCACAACGUUGUUUGUCCCCAGAACACAUGUUCUCUUUGUAGAAGGUGAGGAUGCAUCUGUCAUUUAGAAGAACAGGUAAAAACCACUAAGGAUUCUACUACUUCAGUGUCAUAGGAGUUUGUUUAACACUUCAGUGUAUAUACUGUAAUGAAAAGGGAGAAGACCCUUGUAUAAAUACAAUGUUCCUGAGUAAUAUAAAUAUGCAGUGUCAGAAACUGUAUGGAAAUGAGCCACAAGGAAUUCUGGACCACGCCUGUUAACCACACAACCUGGUCUGCUGCACUGCGGAUGAACGGACAGCACCUUGUGCUCAUUACGUGCACCAUUUUGAGUAACCAGAUAAUCUGUUAAAACUGCUAACGGUAUUUUAACUCUGUGGUUAUUGUACUCCACUUAAUUAUUAUUACUGUAUAUUAUUGUAUAUAUAGAGAAGAAUGUCCAAAGCAGCAUGAGACUUAGAAGAUAUGUGAGGGGGAAAUGAGGGAAAGGUGAUGGUUUUUGACCCUUCCACUGCAGGUACAGCAUUUGCUAAGAUUGUGCUUGGAAUGCAUUGUCUGCAGUUUUCUGAAUACACUCAGCCAUACGAAGGGUCUGAAUGCAUGGAAAAUGUCAUACAUUGUAAUAUUAAGAAUGGGAACAUGUGGAGCUCCUUUCACCAGUAUACACACAGUGUAACUCUGUGCUUGUAUGGUGGCGUUAGUUGCUGUGUAUUUAUUUACCUACCCUGAAGGCCUCAUUUACACACGCCCAUAGUAGCUCUGCAUUCAGAACACUCCCAAUAUGGAGCUAUUGUAAGUCAAUGCUGCUAUUUAAUUCACAUGGUCAGAUUUGCACACUCCUAUUAAAAUGUGCUGCCUGCAUCUUUUAAGCAUUCUUCCCUUAAAAAAUUUUCAUUAAAAUUCACAUCAUUAUUUGAUCCAAAUACAAGAAGAUACAGAUUGGAAACACUGACUCCGAUAGACCUUAUAGUUCAGCACUAUUUUAGUCAUUUAAAAACAUAUAUUCAACUACUCCUACUAUAGUUGGAAGAAAGCCUAAUUUGCCUUGUUUUUAUUUCUAAAUAUUAGACCUGACCACCUUUCAUCCACUGUAAAGUGAUAGUGCAGCAUUAUUUUACUUGUACUCCAGUUUAUAUUCAUUUCACCCUUUGUGUUUCUAAAACAUAAAUACACCAGUGCACACUUAUUUGAUAAGAUCCCACAGAGUAUUACUUUGAAGUGGCUAUGGUGAUAUUUCAUACAUGUAAAUAAUUUUGUUUUAUACAAACAGCACAAUCACGUGUCAAGCCAGUUAUGACAAGUGGAAGAUUUGGAUGAAAACAACUACUGAGCUGGAGCAUAGAAUUCAUCUCAGUACUAUGUAAAUAUCAAUAUUUAAGUUCAGGGAUGGGAUAUAGUAGAAUAGGUAUUAUCAUUAUUAUUAUAAAAAAAAAACUUUUUUUUUUAUAUGUCAUGAAGACAUAUCAAAAGUUCUGAUUGGUCAAGAGCUGAAUGUUCAGAUCCCAAACCAUCAUUAAAACCAGCUGGGAGAAGUGCGUUCUCUCCCGGUGUCACAUGAUCAGGACAGGCUCAUAAUGUAAGUCUAUAGAACCAUCCUGCUCACAUAGACACAGAGUGGGGAGAGAAGUGGGCAGCCCAUUUUAGUGAUUAGACGGGGUCUGAACAAUAAGAUGCUGACCAAUAAAAACAUUUGGCUUCAAAUUUUGUUUUUAUGAUGACAGGUACAAUUUAAUUAGCAUAGGUUUCCAAAAGAUACAGUGGUGAAUGGCAAAGUUUAUGUAACCUUGAUACCUGUUAAUGCUUUUCACCAAACAACAAGGCUCCAUCACUGAUGAGUAUUACAUUACUUUGUAUUAUGAUCAUUUUCUUGACAGAUCAAGCAGCAUGUGGCCGUGUUCCAUGAGUAUUUUGAUGUUACUUUUAAAAGCCUGUUUUUGCCUGCCAUUGCAGUGAAAGGGUUAAUAAUCACAUUCCUGUACAUCCCUGGGUAAAUAAAGCUUAAAAUGCUCCGUAA